AGACAACAGAAGAAGAUAUUCUGAAGUCAGCCUACCGUCCAGGCACAACAGCUCUCGCUGCACACCUAAAGUGAAGGAUGAAGAUUGUGGCAGUACUAUCCUGUUUUCUAGGCACACACGUUGCUUUACCACUAUACCUGAACAACUAUGCAAGCAACAGUGUGGAGUUUUUGGGGUACUCUGGACUUGACCACAAUGGUGUUAGUUACAGACAACAGGCAUUGCCAUAUGUCCCCUCUUAUGUACCUGUAUACCAACAACAACCAGGCCUUAGGAGGACACAUCAGGUUGCUAGGCAACCUUCAAUAUUCAUGCCAGCACACGGACCAAUGAAACCUCAAAUAAUAAUGCCAGUGCAAUGGCCAAUGGAACCUCCUAUGCUAAUGCCAGCACAAGAUCCAAUGAAUCCUCAAGUGUUUUUCCACAAUCUAGGAAACCUACCCCCUCAAGUAAUGCUUCCCUCUCAGGUAGUCCUGACUCCACAGAUCAAUCAAGUUCCUAAUGGACCAUCUCAGCAGGAUCAAACACCUCAGUCACCAAAUAAACCUCCUCAAGAUCCUCAAAUGCAGCCACAAGAACCGCGGCUGCCUAACCAGGUGUUUCCUCAACAGCCUAACCAGGGCUUUCCGUACUAUUUUGCAUAUCAAUUCCCUCAACAGCAAAGCCAUCUACCAAAACCAACCCAACUACCAGGGGAGCAGCAGACAGAACAACCAACCAAUCAGCCAGCCUCUGGGUCAUUACAGAAAAUAUCACCUCUAGAAGGACAGGGCAUCCUGUCAGAAGCAUCUGUUGCACCAACUACUGAUACCAAUACUGUUACUGAUAAGGUACAGAUUGAAAUGUAAUUCCUUUUUAAAACACUUGGUAUUGGUGUUUUUUUUUAUAUAUAUGAAAUAAACUUAUUAAAUUCAAUGACAAACAAUUUGACAAAAAGUCCUUACUAAGUUUAUUUUAGCAUUUUUAAAUGCAAACGUACAUACAGUAGCAUAGGCGCCUAACCCAUGGGGCAGAAGGGGCAUGUGCCACCCACUUUGAAUAUGGAUAGGGAGGGGGGCAAACUAUAUAUUUUGCCACUCCACUUUUUUUUGUUUAUUAAAUAUGUAUUAUACCUUGUUGUGUUUGGCAUUGACUUAUCUUUACAAGGUUGAAAAUAUAAACUUGGGCACGUAUUCAGAGGAUGGGCCAGAUUUAUAAACAAUCACACUAAAUUCUCCCUGCACGAACAUCUUGGUUUGAGCCAAGGUUUGCACCGUGACUAACGUUAGCUAACAGUAAGAAAAAACGCUAAGUAAAUGUGAACUCGGCAGGCGAUCAGGAGAGACGACUGCACGAAAUGUUAAUACUUACUAUAAAUAUAUACAUAGGCAUAUGUUUUUUAUUUAUGACUCGCAAAAAUAUCUGAAGGAAGAGAGAGUAUCAGACCAUUAUUAAAAAUUAAAUAAUGUUGGGUUUUAGAAUUAAAAAUAGGGUAAUGUUGCCGUGGGGCCAUGAACAAAUUCAAGUUCAAUUCCCACCAAAAUCAUUUAUUAUUUAACUUAGAUUAAGGAUUAGUAAAUAUAUUUAAAAAAACCUGGCAUUUCAAAAUCACAUAAGCCUGAUUUUACUUUAGUGAAAAAGUUGGCUACAAUUAUUUUUACAUUAAAAACUUGUAACUUGUUCUUUGCUGAUAUUAAUUUUCAGCUUUCAUAUCAAAGCAUGUGUACUUAUUGCCGUGUGAGGGCAGGUGCUUAUUGUUUCAACCUAUCAGCACCAAACAUUGCCCUGUGAUUGCCUUUUUUUUUAUCUCUCACUCUAAGAACUACAGAAAAACAUUAAAAAACUAACACAUGUCAGUAAAAAGAUUAACUGUAUAUCACUGUCACAGAACCUUCCAGAAUGUGGUUACAGCAAACCCAGGGUCGUUACACAGCUCCCUUCUUAAAGUCCCUCGUCCUGGAGGGGACCAACAAAGUCCCAAAAUGACAUGGGGGUCUGCGUUGGCGUUGAGGUCUUGGCUUCCCAGGUGACCCAGGGCUCCAUGCAUCUGCAGGUGGCAAACUGCCGAGUACAGGUGGAGGGGGACUGUCAGGCAGGGCAGGGCCAGGGCUGAAGUGUGGCGGAGCAGGACUGUCAGGUAAGGGGGAGGUAGGUGCUGCUGUGUCAGGCUGCACAGGUUCCCAUCCUCGGUAGGGUGCGAGCUGAUGCCGGUGGAGUACCAUCCACCGUCCUCUGGGUGGAAGUCUAGCUUGGGGCAGCAGUGGCCCCGCUUCCAUUGGGGGCUGUAUACCCAGACCAGCUCCCCCACUGUGAAGUGCCUCCCUCUUGCCCUGGUGUCGUAGCUUCUUUUCUGCCAGCAGCCUGCAAUAUAACUAGUUCCUGGUGAAGUUGCGGGCCAACUCCGGGCGUUCCUGUAGCAGCCUGGCAUGCUUCGGUCUGGGUGGUUCAGCGGAGGGGUCCAGCAGCCUGCCGAACACCAUCUCGGCAGGGCUGGGAAGUUCCUGGCCCAACAUCAAGAGCACAGAGGUGCAGGAGGUGGAGUCUUGUACUGUUCUCGGUAUUCAGGCCACAGACAACAGUGCCCUCUGUGGGCUAAAGAAAGUAAAACCAAAAGAAAAUAAUAAAACUGGGCACCAGUGCGGUGUUGCAAAUAAAACUUCUGUCUCCCGUGUGUGUCAGUGAAUUGCCCACCACCCUUCCACUAAGUAGCUAAUCAAAUUUGUAACUAAUGUGUGUAAUGCAUUGUACUUAAGUGAAACACUUUAUUUUAUGUCAUGUAAUAGCUGUGGAUAGCUGUUUUUAACUAUGUAGGCAAAUCAUGCA